AUGGAAACAAGCAAUGAAAGUUAUGGAAAAGACUUCAUCCUUCUGGGGUUUUCUGAUCAACCUCAGUUAGAACAGGUCAUCUCUGGGGUGGUUUUCAUCUCCUACCUAGUGACUCUGGUAGGAAACACCACCAUCAUUCUUCUGUCUUACCUGGAUCCCCAACUCCAUACGCCCAUGUAUUUCUUCCUAUCCAAUUUGUCUUUUUUGGAUCUCUGUUAUACAACUAGCAUCGUCCCCCAGAUGUUAGUAAAUCUUUGGGGUCCAAAGAAAUCAAUUACAUAUGGAGGGUGUGUGCUCCAGUUCUUCUUUGCCCUUGACUUGGGAGCCACAGAAUGUCUCCUCUUGGCUGUGAUGGCCUAUGACCGCUAUGCCGCCUUGUGUCAGCCUCUUCACUACACAGUGAUCAUGCACCCUCAGCUCUGCCAGAAGAUGGUGGUGGUUUCCUGGUUAGGUGGUCUUGGAAGUGCCUUAAUUCUUUGCUCUUUGACUUUGAAGUUGCCAAGAUGUGGCAACCGAGAGGUGGAUAAUUUUUUCUGUAAGAUGCCAGCACUGGUCAAGAUGGCUUGUGUUUAUUCAAAAGUAAUUGACAUUGUUGUCACGACUCUUGGAGUGAUAUUUCUUCUCUUGCCUCUAUCACUUAUUCUUAUUUCCUAUGGAGUUAUCACUUGUGCUGUGACGAGGAUCAAGUCAACAUCAAGGUGGAGUAAGAUCCUCAACACAUGUGGCUCCCACCUCACAGUGGUGGCUCUGUUUUAUGGAACACUCAUUUAUAUGUACAUGAAACCACAGAAUAGCACAUCCCAAGAUGAGGGGAAGUUCAUUACUCUCUUUUACACGAUCAUUACACCCAGCCUUAAUCCUCUGAUCUACACUUUAAGAAACAAAGAUGUAAAGAAUUCAGUAAAGAAAAUAUUGUGUAGUCCAAAAUAG